GAUUGGUAUUUAUAUGGCUAACCAAUGUUGGUUUGCUUAUGUGUAGCCGGGGAAAUAAAUUAAUUUUCAAAAUAUAUUAGUGCUAAAGAAAUACAUAUGUAUGUACGUACAUAUGUAUUUACUUUUUAGAAAACAAAAUGCGCCAUUUCCAAAUGUUUUUUCUUAGUAUUAUGGCACUCACUAUGAUUUUCUACAUAUUAAAUGAACGUCCACAUUGGGACUAUAAACGAUCAUUUAAAUCCGACACUGGACACAACGAAAUUCGCCUGUGGCCAGCGAGCCCAAGAGACUUUAGUUAUGAUAAAGUCGGCUAUCCUUUUUAAUUAUUACCACGAAUGCCUAAAGUUUUUAGUAUUUACGGAAGAUCCAUUAACUGAAAUAAUAAGAGAGAAGCUGACGGACUGGCGGGAUACACUCCCCCAACCCUUUGAAUUUGAGCUUCUGCCAUUAAAAUUUCCAAACCAAAGUGAGAUGGAGUGGAAAUCCCUUUUUAAGCCAUGUGCCGCACAACGCCUUUUUUUGCCGUCCCUAUUGACGGAGGUCGACUCGUUGUUAUACGUUGAUACAGAUAUUUUAUUUUUAUCUCCGAUAACGGACAUUUGGAAAUUUUUUGACAAAUUUAAUGAAAGUCAAAUCGCUGCUCUAGCACCUGAGCACGAAAAUGGAAAUGUUGGAUGGUAUAACCGUUUUGCACGACAUCCUUUUUAUGGUCAACUUGGAGUAAACUCUGGAGUCAUGCUGAUGAACCUCACACGCAUGCGAAACUUCAAUUGGGAACAACAUGUAUUUCCUAUUUAUAAAGAAUAUAAGUUACGCAUAACAUGGGGUGACCAAGAUAUUAUAAAUAUACUUUUUUAUUAUCAUCCCGACAAACUACAUAUCAUUCCAUGUGAAUACAACUAUCGCCCAGAUCACUGCAUGUAUAUGAGUAUUUGUAAUACUUCUUAUUCAGGAAUAAAAUUAAUACACGGUAAUAGGGGUUACUUCCAUUCCAACAAGCAACCAUUAUUUAAAAUAAUUUAUGAUGCUAUUGAAAGUUUUCAAUUUAGUUCUAGUGUAUACACCGAUUUUUUGCUGCCGCUUCGUUCAGCAUUAAGGUCCCAAUCUGUUAAUGAAUCGAGUUGUGGAAAAAUUGCUGGUGAUAUUCUCUUAGUAGCGAAUAUUCUAUUCGGCGCUAAUUAUUAAAUAAAAAGUAUUAACAAUUUUUAGUA